AUGGCUACCGACUACCGCGGAGAUUGGGAACCGGAAGUAGACUACACUGGGCAUCAAUGGUUCACUAAUCUACCUCCCAAAGCCAAAACGCCACCUCCUGCACCCUCUCCGAAACCUGCAUACAUUCCAGAACCACAGAUUGUGGAACGCAACGCGCUAUUUGUCUACGCCCUUAAAUCAGCUCCUGAUGUUCUCAUGGAGCAAUAUAAAGCAUUUGGCCAGCUUGGCGUGCUCGGCUGGUGCUCAGAAUUCAGCGAGCUAAUAGACGAAUUGAAAGAAUUCGGAAGUCAGGGACACAUGUUCACCGACACUCGAGAUCAAGCGCUCGAGACGUGCGCGUACCUCCUCGACGCCCUCGUCAACCACAUGGAAGUGAAGAUGCAGAUAAUCGUCAUGUUUCUCUCUUUCCAGGUUCAGCGUCUCCGAAAAUUCCUUGACGCCAAUACGGAGUUCGAUGAUUACCCGCAACCAGAAUUCCCCAUGCAUUUCAUGCAGCGGUGA